AUCAUCAUCAUCAUCAUGGCUGCGCCCGUUGGUAUUUUUCUCUGCAGACGGAAUUUUUCCGGCACUGCGGGUUUUCCUGGUGUUGUGUUCUCUAUAUUGAGACAUAAACGGCAAGAUGACUUCGACCAGAGAUGGAAAAACACUGGUUGUUCCCGCCGGCAGUUUUGCCAUGGACACGUCCCAGAUUUCCUGCCCAAACGGCUGAGCCUAGAGCCUGAUAAGAAACUGGCAGCCAGUGCACCUAUCUUCCGUGCGGUGAAAUUCGGUGCCGAUGGAAGACAUACAAGAUUUGACAUCAGGAAGCCAGCCCUGUGCCAGGAGUUAGGUCUGCAGGUACGGGACCUGCGCUUCCAACAACAGACCAUUCUGCAGCCCAGGGACACGGCCAUCAUUAUCAGGAUGGAGGAAAUCAAGGCGAUAGUGAGCCCUGACUGUGUGUACAUCCUGGAUCCUGAGGAACCCAGAGACAAGAUUCUCUUAGGGGAACUUAAGACUCAGCUGGAGGGAGAUAACUCUUCUCCUGUAGCUCAUCUCCCACUGGAGUUCAAGGGUCUGGAGGCAAUCUUAAAUUACAGGAUCAGUAGUCUGAAGAAGGAGCUGGAUGUGUUAGAACCGGCCAUACUCCAGGUCCUGACUGAUCUGGUAGAACCUAGUUUCAUGUCUCUGGACAGGUCCAAACUCAGAGUGCUGCUACAGUAUAGAAAAAGUCUGACAGAGUUCCAGACAGAUGUGAGGGAGUAUGUAGAAGUCUUGACUGACAUCUUAGACUAUGAUGAGUCUAUAGAAGGGAUGUGUCUUACUGACAAGAUCACCAAUAACAUGUCUGACGGUAAACCAGACCACCUCCGGCAUGUGGAUGAGAUGGAGCUCCUCCUGGAGAACUGUCUGGGACGUGCAGAGGACAUCGUCAACAGGGUCGCCGAGGUCAAGGACCUGAUCGAGGACUCGGAACAGAUCAUCUUCAUGAACCUGGACAGCCACAGGAACGUGAUGAUGAGGCUGAACGUGCAGCUGACCAUGGGAACCUUCUCCAUCGCUCUGUUUGGAAUGAUGGGUACAGCCUUCGGCAUGAACCUGUUAUCUUCACUGGAGGAGGACCCAAAGGCAUUCUGGAUCAUCACAGGUGUGAUGUUUGCAGGCUGCGGGUUGCUAUGGAGACGGUUGCUAUGGUUUCUGGGAAGGGAGGUUCCACCCACUAGAAAGUGGAGCUGGAAGAAUUUCAAACCAUCUGGACAGUAAGGACAUUUUCAGUCCUGAUGAUGAGAUAAAUUAUGAUUAAAUACUACAUGUAUGUACUGGAUAGGAGGGAUAAAAUUAUACUGUUUUACUAUAAUUUGUGUGUGGACCAGGGA